AUGCUAUCAAAGAUUGGGCUGCUGGUGCUGCUGUUGCUGCAAUUUUCCGGCCGACUGCGAUGUGAAGGUAUUCGGGCAAAGUUCGCCAACUACGAGACGAAGUUCAUAAAUGACUUCAUCAACUUCACGCGCCCGGCCGGUGAUAUUAUGGAGCCGAUCUACUACGACUACGAUAGCGGCCCCAAAACGGACUACGAGACAGGCAUGACGCUGGGUGGGUUGCCCAUUCCAGAGGAGACGCCUGGUCACGUGCCGGGUGCUAUAAGCACAGGUCCGACACGGCCUCCGGACAUCUUUCCGGAUCCGGACAAAAUCUACGCAUCCUUCAUCAACAAGAGCACGAUGAAGCGCAACCGAUAUCCGGGGGAGGAAAAUGUGAUAAAAGUUUAUUCCUCAAAGUCGCUGCGUAAAUCACCUCAAGCGCAUACGACCGAGGACGAAAGCUCGUUCGACAACCUGAACAAUGACAUGAAAGGGCACGAUUUCAUCGAUAACAUCAUGUACAUCUACUACGGCACGAAUGGGAACCUGCGCAAGGACCUGGGCGGGAAUGUGAUCGUAAUUGGGGCCGUUUUUGCGCUUGCCCCACAAAUCCUGACCACUAUCAUCAUCUUCCUGAAGAACCGGCGUCUGCGCCAUUUCAACGCGUUCUAUCCGAUCUGUCUGAACCUGCUGCUGACGUUGAUCUCAGCCAAUUUGUCGUUCAUUUUGGGUGUUCAGGCAACUCGGAACGUGGUCCGGUGCGAGUUGAUUGCGAUACUGCUGCAUUAUCUGCACCUGAGCACAAGCAUUUGGUGCUUCAUUUAUAUCUACGUGAUUUACGAUCUGAUUGCGAAUGAGUGCGCCCCGAAGCUGAAGUACCAUUAUCUGAUGGGGUACGGUAUACCGGCGGUUUAUGUGCUGUUUUCUUACGCGUCCUCGAUCGAUCGAUUCGAGGUGCAUCGGUACUGCUGGAUGUCGAUCCAGAAGGGCAUGAUUGUGAGCUUCAUGGUGCCGAUAUCGUUCCUCAUCAUACUGACAACAGUGUUGGGUACGCUCAGCCUGAAGCGUAUCUCCACCAAACAGACGGAGUUGUUGUGUGAAAGCAUCGAAAGCAUCAUCGAGACGACGUCGAAAUGCAACGACAUCAUUUAUCCGCGAUUGCCAUCACUGGCGGGUGUAAAUAUGGCGAUGGUUUGUCGCAGCAACAGCUACCCGCAGUUGGAACAGGUGAAGGAUCGAUCCGUCUGUUGUCAGGAGUACGCCGAUUGUGCUAAUCGGCAUUCGGUGGUGACAUUACCACAACCCAUUACCGGUGGUAUGACGGUGGCUUCAGGUCUAUCGACGGCCAACGCGAGUCAGUACGCGAUGAAUGCCACCAAGCGAUCCUUCGAGUGUUAUGAUGCGCGUAUCGAGCUAGGGCAGCUAUCGCUGGCUGAGCUGACGACACCGAGUAUGGCUUCCGAUGUGCAGGACUUUACCGAGUUUAAGAAAGCGAUCAAGUUCGGGCUGUUCUUUCAGCCGAUCUUCUCCGUGUGCUGGUUCCUGGAGGUGAUCGCGCUCGAGAACGUGCACUCGUGCGUGAUGCCGGUGAUAUUCGCCAUCAGCUUCAACAUACUGAACUGGUGCAUGCUGGUAAGAUCCUCGAACGUGUGUCCGUACGUCAGCUCAACGCAGGAGAAGACUCUAGACCAUCAGCAGGCAGGAUCUUGCGGUGAAUCGCUGAAUGGUACGAUCGGUCCCGGUGGCGACAACGACGUGACGCAGGCAAGCGUUUGCACCGACACUAUUCCGCUGUUGUGUGCUUCCAACGGUGGUUCGACCGUCAUGAGCCCGAACCCAUCAAUUUGUCCCUCGACCAAAGGAUCCGGCGUAACGGUAGCGACUCUGCCACGCAAGUUCUCCGCCACGUCGACCUCGGAGGAACAGCAGCAAUCGCUAUUUUACAGCAACUUCAUCGGAACCACCAACAUGCCGAUGUCGUGGGAGUCGAGCAUCGAUCUCGGUGCUUAUCAUCUGCACGAAACGAAGAACGCCGAUUGCAUCAGCACGAUCAGUAACUAA